GAAAAAGGAAAGCUUUAUGGAUUAAGUCGACUCAGAAUGUUUGUAUUUUUUCAUCAAAAUCUCAAUUUUCAAUCAUUUAUAGCCAAGGGAGCCAGUGCUAAAAUCUCGUCAUACUCCUCACAACGGUGCAUGUUGCAAUAUUGAGUACAUACAGUAAUCAUCAGUUGGACAUUCAUGCACAGUCCCCUAUCGCCCACCCAUGCAAAACAUUUCACUCACUCCACGGCCGCAUCAGAACAUCGAAGAAUGUCGCUCAAAAUUGCCACAUUUAACGUCCACUGUUGGAUGGACGCUGGUCACGUGGAUAAUGUGGAGAGGAUAGCCGCACUCAUUCAAAAGUAUGACCCGGACAUUUUAUGCCUACAAGAAUGUACAAAAGACAAGGUGUACAGAUUCCUACGGAAGUUGCCGGAGAAAUUUUAUUGCAGUCACAUCUUCAGCUCUGCAUGUCAUAUUUUUAGCAAACAUCAUAUUGAGCAGGAUACCAAGCAUAUCAACCUCAAAAAAGUGGGAGCUCGCUUUGUCAUUGGCAAAGUGAGAAUACCAUCCAUAUUAGCUCCAAUCUACAUCACCAAUGUUCAUUUAAAUCACCGAGAAGAGCCUAGACGUUUGAAAGAGAUGGAGUUUCUUCAGAAGAAAAUUUUUGACACAAUCCAGGACUCAGAGUUCAAAAUAUUGUGUGGAGACUUUAAUGCCCUCACUCAAGAAGAUUACACCACUAAGGAAUUUAAAGAAAUUUCCUUCAUCCGAGAUCGAAACUCAUGGGAGUCACCGCAGAUGAAAGUAACCAAAAUGGUAAAGGACUUGGGAUUCACGGAUUCUUGGGAGAGGGCUGGAAAACCGGCCCCUGUGAAAACUUGUCGGUUUAGUACCAGAAUCGACUAUGUAUUUGUUUCAAAACAAUUGGAAAAACUGCUCAAACUUGUGGAAGUGUGUCAUGUAGACGACUCGGCGUCCGACCAUAACAUGGUCGUUGCUAAUCUUACCUUUAAGCAAUUAAAAGAUUAACUUAAUCUGACACGU